GGCGCGCCGAGCCCCCGCGGCCGGCAGCGCACGCCAUGACAGCAUAGAUAGAUGGUGUGAGAGAUGGAUCGCUUCACUGAGUGUGGGACUCAGACAGAUGCUGUGGUGGUGCUGUCUCUGGCACAAGCAGCAGUUUUGGGGUUGGUGUCUGAGAAUGAGCUUUUUGGAGCCACUGUCAGCCCUGGGGGCUUCUUCCCAGGGCUGGGAAGUGAACUUUCGGACACUGCAACAGUUGAGCCAGAGGAGCCAGAAAGCGACUACAGGCUGGAGCAUGAGGGGCAGGCACAAGGGGAAACCCAGGAAGAGGAAGCAUUAGAGGCAGAGUCAUCGUUUGAAAAGCAUGCCCGGAGGAGAAAACGGCCUCCAGUGAGGCUAGUGCCCAAAGUCAAGUACGAGAAGGCUGAGGUGGAAGAAGAGGUGGUGUAUGAAGUUUCCGUCCCAGGAGAAGACAAAGAGGAACUGCAGCACAGUCACCCACCUGCUUUUGAAGACUCCAGCCAUGAGAAGUCAGUGCAGAGCAGCGCCAUGAAGAUGAUUGACCUCAGCACCUUCAGCAGGAAGCCCCGGCGCCUUCGGCACCUGCGCAGACAUGUGCGCCAGGAGCUGGAGCUGGGGAGCUACGAGCACCGCUCCCGGGACCCCGUCCAGGCAGGCAUCGCAGAAGCUAGCCUAGGCGGCGCACCGGAGAGCAGCGGCGCCGAGGUGCUGCGGACUGAGUGUGCCUUUGAGGCAAGCGCCCCGUCUCCGAGCGACGCAGAAGCCCCUGUACCGGAGUCGCCAGAGCAGGUGAAGAAUGAGCAGGGCUUUGUAUGGCAGGAUCCUGGGGAGUUUGACACGGAUGCAGCUGGAGCCAACAGCGAGCGCAACAAGAAGGCCCAGCUGGACCGCCUGGACAUCAACGUGCAGAUCGAUGACUCAUACCUGGUGGAGGCAGGAGACCGCCAGAAGCGCUGGCAGUGCCGCAUGUGCGAGAAAUCCUACACUUCGAAGUACAACUUGGUGACCCACAUCCUGGGCCACAACGGUAUCAAGCCCCACUCCUGCCCGCACUGCAACAAGCUCUUCAAGCAGCCCAGCCACCUGCAGACACACUUGCUGACCCACCAGGGCACCCGGCCACACAAGUGCGAGGUGUGCAACAAGGCGUUCACGCAGACCAGCCACCUGAAGAGACACAUGCUGCUGCACACCGACAUCAAGCCAUACAGCUGCCAGUUCUGCGGGAGGGGUUUCGCCUACCCCAGCGAGCUGAAGGCGCACGAGGUGAAGCACGAGAAUGGCCGUUGCCAUGUGUGCGUGGAGUGUGGCCUGGACUUCUCCACGCUCACCCAGCUGAAGCGUCACCUCUCCACGCACCAGGGGCCCACGCUCUACCAGUGCCUAGAGUGCAACAAGUCGUUCCACUACCGCAGCCAGCUGCAGAACCACAUGCUGAAGCACCAGAACGUCCGGCCCUUCGUCUGCACCGAGUGCGGCAUGGAGUUCAGCCAGAUCCACCACCUCAAGCAGCACUCGCUCACCCACAAGGGUGUGAAAGAAUUCAAGUGUGAGGUGUGUGGGCGGGAGUUCACCCUGCAGGCCAACAUGAAGCGGCACAUGCUCAUACACACCAGUGUCCGUCCGUACCAGUGUCACAUCUGCUUCAAGACAUUUGUGCAGAAGCAGACGCUCAAGACCCAUAUGAUUGUGCACUCACCGGUGAAGCCAUUCAAAUGCAAGGUUUGUGGGAAAUCCUUCAACCGCAUGUACAACCUGCUGGGCCACAUGCACCUGCAUGCUGGGAGCAAGCCCUUCAAGUGUCCCUACUGCUCCAGCAAAUUCAACCUGAAGGGCAACCUGAGCCGACACAUGAAGGUCAAACAUGGGGUCAUGGACAUCAGCCUGGACAGCCAAGAUCCCAUGAUGGACCUGACUGGGACAGAUCACACUGAGCUGGAUGGCCAGCAGGAAAUGGAAGACUAUGAAGAGGAGAACUCUUAUGACUACGGAGGGGUGGGGAACCCUUCAGAUGAGAAUGCACUGACAGAGCAGGCUAUGAAGGAGAUGGCUUACUACAAUAUGUUGUAGCUGAGCAACCAGGCGGCAGGCUCAGAGCACACUAGAAGAAGGCUGCCAGUGACCUGCUUGGACUUUGUUUGGUAAGAGGAGCUCCUGUUGCACUGCUGACAGGCCGUCACUCCCUGCAGCAUCUGGAACAGACCUGCACCGCUAACCUGUGAGAGGGGGAGGCUCAAGCUUAGUGGGUGAAGGAGGAAACAGGGAUGUCCUAAAACCUUUGCUGGGGCAAAGGAAGGAGCAGAGGCUGGAGAUGGUACAAGGCAGCGGUAGCUACCUGCUAUGAGCACUCAGAGCUGGUGUACUGAGCCAUUAAAGGCUCCAGGAUGUUUUGAGAGCGCUGCAGAGAUUUGGCUGAGCUUUUACCAUCAUUUGGGUCAUUCCCUCUCAGGGCCCCUUCUUCCCCACUCACCCCGAGAGGGAGCGUCAGAGCUGUGUGCUUGCUGCUUGCAGCUCACCUGCCCAGCGUUGAACUCCCUUCACUCUUCUGUACUCCUGCCUGCCUGCCCCUGGCUGAGCUCCUUUCCGUGGCAAGCCACGACUUCACUCUGGCAUUCAUCUUUGCUUGUACACCGGAGCUCUCCAGAAAGCGUACUUGAAGCUGCAGGCAGGGGAAGGCACAUCCCAGAAGAUGAUGAGCAUUACUAAUUAUUCUACCUCCUAGGUCCUCCCUACUCAGCUGUGCUGGGGUUGCAGAUCAGCCUGUAACCACCAGGCCUUUACUCCCACCUUUUGAACACCCAGCAGGCAGAAGCCUCUCUACCUGCAAGAGUCAAGCAGAAAGGAAGCUGUUUUGCAUUUCUUGUUCUUUCACUGUCUUCUCAGCAGGUGAGAACAGUUCUGAUUGUUUUGGCAUUAGCUGCAAGCUGAUGCAGGCAAAACUGUGGCAACCUAAGAAAGGCCACAGGGCACAUACAAAACAGAAUAUUUUCUUACAAACUAAUUACAAAGCUCAGUGGAAGCAGUAGCUCUGAACAGAGCAGCUUUAGUGAGCAAUGUAUUUAAAGGAAGGCAAACCCUGUUCAACUUGAGUAAAUGAUGGUAUUUUGAGAGUAAUUUAUUUUUUUCAGAUGUGCCACGUGGUUGGAUUUAUCUUUUCACUGAGUUCAGUUUCCUUCAACCAAUGUUCUUUGUAAACCUGUGUAAUGUGUGUGAUCUGUGAAGCUGCAAGCAGAGCAGGGUGCAUUGGAACUCAGGGCUCCGGAAGGAGAGCUGAGGACCAAAGGGACGUCCUGCUAGCUGCGGGAAAGCAGCCGUGUUGGUCUACUGAGUAAGGAGGCAGGGCCUGUAGCUAAUGAACCAAAGCUGCUGUAUAUGCUAUAGGCACUCUCUCUUCACCCCUUUGAGCUUUUCCAGCCUCAACAAUCCCACCAAGGAACAGAGGUGUUCAGAGUUUAGGAGAAGAGUUUCAUUCUGGAAGUGCAGCCCUUGGGCUGCUGGCCUGUGUAAUAGCCUCUCAGAUGCUAGGGAGGGAGGGAGAAACGUGCCAGAAAAGCAAUGUGAGGCAAAGGUAGCAACAGCUGUUCCUAUUCCCUCUGCUGCUAGGAGGGAGCAGGGAGCUGCAUGCAUGCUCAUGCUCAGCACAUUUCUCUUGCCAUGUGUAACCCUGGCAGACCCCAGCAAGUCCAGAGAGGCUGCAGCAGGCCCAAGACCAGGGGCAAAUGAUGGUUCCAGAGACCAUCCAGAGGGGGAGCUUCCUGGAGAAGAGGAAGUAGCAAUAUUUGCACAGUCCCAGACAACCUUAGCUAACCCUCUGUCUACAUGCAUACUGCUGGGAGGCUCACAUGAUGAGGAAGUAGCAAUGCUUCUCAGGACAGAGCAAGCAUGCUGCUUUCACUGCAAGCACAGCUCUGUGCCUGGCCUGGCAGCUCUUUGCUGGGGCACGGUGCAUGCUGCCUGCCUUGCUCAAGGGACUUGUGGGUACUGACAAGUAGUGCUGUAGGUCCCUGUUCCCUAGUUAAGGGAGUUUCUCUUCCUACUUGCUGUGAAAGUGAAGCUAAAAACCCCUCAGUUAGUGGGACAGCACAUCCAAAGGAGGAUGCCAUCUGCUGUCUCCAAAAACAUCAUGCUGGUAAAGAGCAGUGGCUCUGAGACCAGGUGAUGCAACUCAGCACUUCCCCCAGCAGGGCUAACAGCCAGCUCCAGGCUCUGUGCCCCCAGCAAGGUGCAGAGCAGUACUUGGUUCCUAGGGCCCCCAGCUUUGCUCUCGCCUUCCUCCUGCCAGGGGAGUAACUUCCUUCAGGCUUGGGGCAGGAGGGAGAAAGCACUGAGCUCCCCAAGCAGCGGAGAGCUCAGCCACCCUAGACUCCUUCACAGAGCGUGGCAGUACAGCUCCCUUCCCUGAUCGGCUUCUGUGCUGCAAGAUAGCACAACGCAUCCCCCAGAAACUACCUCUGUCCCUGGUUACCUAAAAACCAAAACCAACAACAAAAAAAAACCCACUCGCACCACGGGCAGUGGCUGUGAGGAGCAUCCCCCUCCAGAGCCAGGCCCAUGCCCGGGAACAGAUAGGUGAGGGGAGCUGGGAAGGGGUCGGCAGCGUUCGCUGUGUGCCCCGGGCCGGCUGGGCAGAGCUCGGGGGCCCGCGGCGCAGCCUGCGGGGCUGCUCAGCACCAGGGUUUGCCCCAGCCGCUCACGCAGACGCGGCAGACGGCGCUGCUGGAAGACGCGGUCGGUGCCUCUCGCGGCGGGGGCCGUGGCCCGCAGCAGCGGUUGUACAGAGGAUGCCUGCAAGCUGUGCAGCUCCUGAGACCCCAUUACGUUACUGCGUUGUGUAUGCGGAGCGGUUCAGCCGUCUCUUGUGCAAAACCCUACUGUGUUUUUUGAUCUCCUUGGUUUGAAGAGUUGUUUAGCAAUAAUUCUAAAUAAAUGAAUAUUCUUUA